AUGAAUCCUUUGCUGUGCACGAGCUAUCUGUGUCACGAAACCUGGCUGCACAAAGAUGAAAAUAGAGACACCAAACAACAUAACGAAAAUGUGAGACUUCACGAAUCCUAUCAAGCACGAAUGGCGCGUCAACUUCACCAAGAGGCCAGUGUCCCUCUAGGCCCAUGUGGACACGAUGCUUUGAAUUCUUUUCAAACGUUACUCGCCCCAAUUGAAAGUCAUGUCGACAUUAUACCCGUACAUGGUGACCUAUCAUCACUUCGAUUUAAUUCACUAACUGGAGUAAGAGUUCGUCGUGAUUUGGGUGGAGUUUGCCAAGAUAUGUGGGCAGCGGCCGGCAAUAACAUGGUUGUUGGGACGGAUCUGGCAGUAGACACUUCAGCCACUGCCACGCAAUUGUUUAGUCUUACGCCACCGGGUAUCACCAAGCUAAGUCAACCUGUAUACACAAAGUUCAAAGCCCUUCUAGACAACUACAUUGCAGACGAGACCAAACCAGAGGAGAGCGAUGCGAAUAAAGUGAAUGAAGAAGAUGACUUUAUAAACACUAUCGCUGUCCCUGGCGGGCCUAUGCAUUUCGCCUUUCAGUACCUAAAUGCAAGCGGAAAAACCACUGCUGUUGACUUAGACGCUUUCAAGCCAAUACUGAAGACCAUGUGGUUCACAAAGUACCCAAAAGGAGGAGGCGUGCCGACCUACUCUGGAUUUGAACACACAUUUGUUGGUAAAACAAGGAAAGACUACUGUAAUAUCAAGUGCACAUGCUGUUGUUUAAGUAUUAGUUUGCCAUCGCCAAGUUUCUUGGGGAUAGGACGGGAUGGAUUCAGUACCCUCCUCUCUCUCCUUUUCAUUUAUUUAUUCAAAAGAUGUUACUUUUCAGCGUUCGUCUUAUACCCGUCAAUUCAUAAGGUUCAAUGA